AUGUUGCCGUUGAGUACUUUGGGAGCUACACGCAGACGUUGCGGCCCGGUCUCAACUGGACAGGAUGUGACGCCUGUGGCCUCUGCGUCGCCCUCCGCUCCAUUUCAAGCCGCACGCAGCAGCUGGAAUGCAAGGUCACAACGAAGUCCAAGGACAACGUCUUCUGCAGCGUGCAUAUCUCGGUGCAGUUUUCAGUCAACCCGCAGUCUUGCGAAGAUGCGAUCUACAAGCUGGCGAAC